CCAGCUUCGGAUAAAUGAUCCUACGCUCUACAGAUGAAUGCUCAUUCUAGCAAGUGAAUGUGUUUUGAUGAGUCUGCUCGGCCUCCGGGAUCAUUGCAGUGAAAAUGACUCUUUCUCGCACUAUCUAUAUCAUGUCGAGCUCUUUUCGAUUUCUGGCAUUGGAAUCUCGUCACAAGGUCACCGUACCACCACCAUCGAAACACGAGCUAUCAUCCAGAGAUGAAGGAAGAAAUUGACGCCCCAGUUUCCACCGACGCUUCUGGCACAGAUUUAGAGAAUGCUCGAGAUCAGCCAUCUGGCGAGAAGCCCACUGCCGUGGAUAUUUACUUGGUGGAAUGGGAUGGGCCUAACGACCCAGAACUGCCUAUGAACUUUCCCCUAUGGAAGAAAUCGCUCAUCACUUGCAUCUUCAGCACAUUGACCAUCUGGGUAACCUUCUCCAGCAGCGUCUUCAGUGCUGCUGCUGGGAUCACUUCCAAAGAGUUUCAUGUUUCAGUUGAGGUCAUGACGUUGGGAACCAGUUUGACCGUCCUGGGCUUUACGGUGGGACCGCUGGUCUGGGGGCCCAUGUCUGAGUUAUAUGGCCGACUGAAGCCGCUCUACAUUGGGUAUGCCAUCUUUAUCAUCUUCCAAGUUCCUGUGGCGGUUGCCCAGAACCUCGAGACCUUGAUGCUUGCCCGUUUCUUUCUGGGUUUCUUCGGCACCUCCGCCCUCGCAAUCAUUCCCGGUGCUCUGGCGGACUUUUGGGGUCCAGUGGAGCGCGCGAUUGCCAUCUCUUUAUUUUCCGCGGCUACCUUCGUUGGGCCGAUAUUUGGACCGAUCAUGUACGUGAAUACAAUGAUAACAUUGGUAAAUGGGGUCUGGACGCGUGCUAAUCACGACAUGAGCAGUGGGGGCUUCAUCGUCGACUCAUCUCUGGGAUGGCGGUGGACUGCCUGGAUCACUAUGAUCCCAGCUUCAUUCUUCGGCAUAAUCGCCUUCCUCACCCUUCCCGAGACAUACCACCCGGUCCUCCUCCAGCGCCGUGCCAGCCGCCUCCGUAAAGAGACGCGUAUCUGGGCCUAUCACUCCCGCCUGGAUGAGAAUACACCGACGUUUGGUGAAAUCCUGACGAAAUAUCUCUUCCGUCCAAUUCAGAUGCUUUUCUUGGAGCCGAUCCUCGUCUGCAUGACAAUCUAUAUCUCCCUUAUCUAUGGAAUCUUAUACCUCUUCUUCGUGGCAUACCCAAUUGCUUUCCGCGAGGUCCGGAAUUGGAAGUCCUUGGGAAUUGCAGCCUUACCUUUCCUAGGGAUCCUAGUCGGGGUCCUUAUGGGCUGCCUCCUGGUCACCAUCGCGACACGCCUGUGGUACGCUCCCAAGCUACAGAAUGGGUCCGUCGUACCGGAAGAUCGUCUUCCCCCCAUGAUUGUUGCGGCUAUUCUCCUGCCAAUCGGGCUAUUCUGGUUUGGAUGGACAUCGAGCCCGAGUAUUUCGUGGGCGCCACAAGCCAUUGCAGGGGCGCCUAUCGGAAUGGGGAUUUUGAUGAUCUGGAUGCAAGGCCUGAACUAUCUGAUUGACGUAUAUCUGGUGGUUGCUAAUUCGGCCAUGUCGGCCAACACUCUCAUUCGCAGCGCGGUAGGUGCUGCGUUCCCUCUCUUUGCGACGGCUAUGUACCAUAAGUUGGGAGUGGACUGGGCCACGUCCCUGCUCGGCUUUCUUUCUAUUGCGAUGAUCCCGAUCCCCGUUAUCUUCUAUUUCUAUGGGGCGAAGAUUCGGGCUUUGAGUCGCUUUAGUCCAAAAUGGUAAGCGGAGGGUUAACCAUAUGGAACCUGGGUAGAUGGCGAGUAUGCUCCCGGGUGAGAUGGGAGUUCCAAUAGCCUGAAAUUACUUGUUUGGUUUAUUAAAAAAUAUGUACUUUCUGGGCUGACCGAGCCAGAUGUCGUUCUUAUUAGAACACCAUUAUUAUAUCGUUUCAUUAAAUG